UCACUUUGUUGUUUGCCAAAACAAACAAGUAAACUUGGUAGUCUCCGAAAUCUUUUACUUGAUGGUUGCUAUAGAUUGACUUGUAUGCCACCAAGGAUAGGAUCUUUGACAUGCCUUAAGACUCUUGGUUGCUUUGCAGUGGGAAGGAAGAAAAGUUCUCAACUUGGUGAAUUACGAAAUCUGAAUCUCUAUGGCUCAAUUGAAAUCACGCAUCUUGAGAGAGUGAAGAAUGAUAUGGAUGCAAAAGAAGCCAAUUUAUCUGCAAAAGAAAAUCUGCAUUCUUUAAGCAUGACUUGGGAUCGACCAAAUAGAUAUGAAUCAGAAGAAGUUGAAGUGCUUGAAGCCCUCAAACCACACUCCAAUCUGACUUGUUUAAAAAUCUAUGGCUUCAGAGGAAUCCGUCUCCCAGACUGGAUGAAUCACUCAGUUUUGAAAAAUGUUGUCUCUAUUGUAAUCAUGGGUUGCAAAAACUGCUCAUGCUUACCACCCUUUGGUGAGCUGCCUUGUCUAAAAAGUCUAGAGUUACGGAGUGGGUCUGCGGAAGUGGAGUAUGUUGAUUCUGGAUUCCCUACAAGAAGAAGGUUUCCAUCUCUGAGAAAACUUAUUAUAGGUGAUUUUGAUAAUCUGAAAGGAUUGCUGAAAAAGGAAGGAGAAGAGCAAUUCCCUGUGCUUGAAGAGAUGGAGAUUCGCUGGUGCCCUAUUUUUGUUAUUCCGACCCUUUCUUCUGUCAAGAAAUUGGUAGCUUAUGGGGAGAAGUCAGAUGCAAUAGGUUUCAGUUCCAUAUCUAAUCUCAGGGCUCUUACUUCCCUCCACAUUGGCCAUAACGAAGAAGAUACUUCACUCCCAGAAGAGAUGUUCACAUGCCUUGCAAAUCUCAAAUACUUGAAUAUCUCUGAGUUCAAGAAUCUCAAAGAGCUGCCUACCAGCCUGGCUAGUCUUAAUGCUUUGAAGCAUCUGGAUAUUAUUGAGUGCGAUGCACUAGAGAGUCUCCCCGAGGAAGGGGUGAAAGGUUUAACUUCACUCACACAGCUAUCCAUAAAAAAUUGUAAGAUGCUAAAAUGUUUACCGGAGGGACUGCAGCACCUAACAGCCCUUACAAAUUUAUCAGUUUGGUAUUGUCCAACACUGGCCAAACGUUGUGAGAAGGGAAUAGGAGAAGACUGGUACAAAAUUGCGUACAUUCCUGAUGUGUUUAUACGUUAAGUCUUAUUCCUAAUUGGAUGUAAUUUUCUGAUUUUUCUUUUGGAAACAAAUCAACUAUUUGUAAGAUCUAUUUGUAUUAUACUUGAUUUUUCUUGGGUCUUUUAACAAUAAAUAUUUGAAAUUUUUCAUAUUAGAUUCAGAACUAGUCUUUUAGCU